AUGCAACAAUUCCAUUUCUUCUUCAGGAGUCCACUCAAGCUGAUGCCCUUAUUUUGGCUUUUGUACCACCUGGACAUGGACAAUCAAACCCGAGUCUUUGAAUUCAUCCUUCUUGGCCUCUCUGAGCAGCCCCUGCAACAGCAGGUGCUCUUUGGUCUGUCUUCCAGCCUGUAUCUGAUUGGGUGCCUGGGGAAUCUUCUCACCAUCCUGGCCAUCCUCUUCGACCCUCAUCUCCACAGCCCCAUGUACUUCUUCCUCAGCAACUUGUCUCUACUUGACAUCUGCUUUACCUCCACCACCAUCCCCAAGAUGCUGGUGAACCACCUAUGCGGGCACAGUACCAUCUCCUCUGAGGCUUGCUUAACACAGAUGUAUUUCUUCAUUGCCUUUGGGGCAGCUGACAGCAUCCUUCUCUCGGCCAUGGCUUAUGACCGCUACCUGGCCAUCUGUUGCCCACUGCACUACUUGACAGUCAUGAGUGUCCUUCGGUGUGCCUUGCUGGUGGCAGUACCCUGGAUCUCAGCAAACCUCAUCUCUAUGGUCCAUACUAUCCUGAUGACCCGCUUGUCCUUUUGCACCAAUAGGAUCCCACACUUUUUCUGUGACCUCAAUGCCUUGAUCAAGCUCUCUUGCUCUAACACCCAAGUCAAUGAGUUGUUGAUGUUGGUCCUUGGGGGCUUGGUGGUUCUGAUUCCUUUUGUGUGUAUCAUGGCCUCUUAUACACCUAUUGCUGUGGCUGUGUGGAAGGUGCCCUCAACUCAGGGGAAGUGGAAAGCAUUCUCCACCUGUAGUUCUCACCUUUGUGUCAUCUCUCUCUUCUAUGGGACUAUUAUUGGGGUCUAUUUCAACCCUGGAUCCACACAUACCACCCAGAGGGACUUGGCAGCCACAGUGAUGUACACUAUGGUCACCCCCAUGCUGAACCCCUUCAUCUACAGCCUUCGGAACCGAGAUCUGAAGGAAGCCCUCAGGAAACUUCUCAAAGGAAACCACUUGGCUGAACCUCUUUGA